ACCAUGAGGUGUCUGGUCUUCGUUCUGCUCAUCGGAGCUGCCUUUGCCACGGAGGAUGACAAGAUUGUCGGUGGCUAUGAGUGCACGCCCUACUCCCAGCCCCAUACGGUGUCUCUGAACUCCGGCUACCACUUCUGCGGAGGCUCCCUCGUCAACGAGAACUGGGUCGUGUCCGCCGCUCACUGCUACAAGUCCCGGGUGGAGGUGCGUAUUGGCGAGCACAACAUCAGGUUCACUGAGGGAAACGAGCAGUUCAUCAGGUCCUCCCGCGUCAUUCGCCACCCGAACUACAGCUCCUACAACAUCGACAAUGACAUCAUGCUGAUCAAGUUGAGCAGUCCCGCCACUCUCAAUGAAUAUGUGAAGCCUGUGGCUCUGCCCAGCAGCUGUGCCCCCGCCGGCACCAUGUGCAAAGUCGCCGGAUGGGGCAACACCAUGAGCUCCACCGCUGAUGGGGACAAGCUGCAGUGCCUCGACAUCCCUAUCCUGUCCGAUAGGGAUUGUGACAACUCCUACCCCGGCAUGAUCACCGACGCCAUGUUCUGCGCCGGAUACCUGGAGGGUGGCAAGGACUCCUGCCAGGGUGACUCCGGUGGCCCCGUGGUGUGCAACGGUGAGCUUCAGGGUGUUGUGUCCUGGGGCUAUGGCUGCGCCGAGAAGGACCACCCUGGUGUCUACGCCAAGGUCUGCCUUUUCAACGACUGGCUGGAGCGCACCAUGUCUAGAUAUUAAGCUCCUGUGAUCGCCUGCUGCUCACCAUCUUUUUACCUCAUGGAAUGUUGCAGGGUUUUCCCACAAA